CCGGGCCGGCUGCCGCGCCCCCGCCCGCACUGGGUCCCGAGCCCCACGGAGGCACCGGGGGCGCGGGCCCGCCGGGGCGCGGCGUGUGCAUCCGCGAGUUCCGUGCAACCGAGCAGGAGGCGGCGCGCCGCAUCUUCUACGACGGCAUCCUGGAGCGCAUCCCCAACACGGCCUUCCGCGGCCUGCGGCAGCACCCGCGCACCCAGCUGCUCUACGCCCUGCUGGCGGCACUCUGUUUUGCUGUGACCCGCUCACUGCUGCUGACAUGUCUCCUGCCGGCUGGACUGCUGGCCCUGCGCUACUACUACAGCCGCAAGGUGAUCCUGGCCUACCUGGAAUGUGCACUACACACGGACAUGGCUGACAUAGAGCAGUACUACAUGAAGCCACCUGGUUCCUGCUUCUGGGUGGCCGUGCUGGAUGGCAAUGUGGUGGGUAUCGUGGCCGCACGGGCCCACGAGGAGGACAACACGGUGGAGCUGCUCCGCAUGUCUGUGGACUCACACUUCCGUGGCAAGGGCAUUGCCAAGGCACUGGGCCGGAAGGUGCUGGAGUUUGCCAUGUUACACAACUACUCCGCAGUGGUACUGGGCACCACGGCCGUCAAGGUGGCCGCCCACAAGCUCUACGAGUCACUGGGCUUCAGACACAUGGGUGCAAGUGACCACUACGUGCUGCCUGGCAUGACCCUCUCGCUGGCUGAGCGCCUCUUCUUCCAGGUUCGCUACCACCGCUACCGCCUGCAGCUACGCGAGGAGUGACCACCACCACCUGCCCACCACCCCGUCUGCCCCCGUCUGCCUCUGCUCGCCUGCCCGCUGCCCAGCGUGGCCCUGCUUUCCGAUACUCACUUGGCGUUUCUGUUGGGUUUCCCUUUUCAGCAUCUCGCUGGUUCAUUACCUAGCUGGUUCUGGGGGCCAUGGCUGUUGCUCAUCUGCAACACUCUGGUGGCAUGGAUUGUCUGCAGCCUCAGCCCUUGCCCUCCCCAGCCCAUCAGAGUGGCUCGCCAUGCCUUGAAGAGUGGCAUUGUGGACCACCUGGACUAUUCACAAAGCUGCCCAGCCUGCCUCCAUCAGGGAAGGCCUAGCCUUGCCCACCAAGCACAGAACCUCUGCAACAAAGGCCCCACCCCCAAGGAGCAGACCCUCAGCCUUCAGCCAGGCUAAGGCUCAGCCAUUGGUCUCUGGAAGUGUGGCCUGCUGGGCUGGCCAGCCGCUGCCCCAUGGGAGGUCGAGCUGGCCCCAGGCCCUGCUUUGCUCUGUGCAUGUUGAGGACAUGGCCUGGCUGCAGCAUGCCGCAUGCCACAGCCCCCUGCCCUGUUGCCCUGCCCAGCCUGGACCCUAGGACCAAGCUGGUGAGCUCCCCUGUCCUGGCCGGAGGUGGCCUCUGGAGGGCCUGCCUGCCUCACCUUCUCUGCUCUAUGGUGGAGCCUGGACUACCCUCACCUGGCUCCAUAUUCUCCUGCUUUGACAUCACCUCAUCUUUCUCCCCUUUGAUCUCCAUGCCUCCCUUGUUCCAGCCUGGCUGACUUGGCUGGUCACCCGGGUGUGGUUCCUGUAGCAAUCCACUGCACAUCGUGGUGGGGCUUAAUGGGGUGGGGACUUCCCUCAGCGCCUGUUUGGUCAGGUGGCCCCCUCCCAGACACCAGAGGUCCCGUUGCCUCACGCUGUUUGUCGGGUCUGCCUUGUAAAUCUUAUUAGCCCAGGCUGUUGUUGGCAAUGCCUGCCACAGCUUCUCCCAGCCUGAACCAACCCAUGUUCUAAUAAGUUACUUAGACAGAAUAGCACUCCGCAUGACUUUAACUCCGGGGACAAAAUGGUAGUUUGAGCCCUCAGACACACAUCAGUGUGGUGCUAGCAGACAUACUCGCUGGCCCCGUUUGAUGGGGGUGGGUGGCCGGGUGGGUGACAGAUUUAAGUUUGAAGUACGGAAGGAGACCCUAGUUUAGCAUAAACCGCCUCCUCCCAGUGCAUUCCUGGUUUUCAAAGCCCCAGGCUGCUCCUUGAUUCCCUGUGUGUAGGAUUGAGGGUACUGAAGAGCCUCAAAGCCUCAGAGAGGAGCUGGGCACUGCCUUGGGAGCAGGAGCUGGUGGUUAGGGUAGGUCCAGCCACUCUAACCAGGCCUACUUGGCUCUGCCAGCCGUGCACCUGGCCUCUCCUUCUUGAGGUCCUACUAAGGGUCUGACCUGGAUGGGGGUGGGGUAGUGUGUGGCCUGGGACAGAGAGGAAGGCAGUGGUUGGUAGGCUCCAUGUGGCCAGCUGAGCCUGGACCAGGCUUUGGUGCAGGAGGGGAAUGAAGACCCACCUAGACCCCUCUAUGUGGGCUUGGGAUGAGGAGUGGCAGGCAGGGCAGGCCACAGAGCUGGGCCCCUGGCACCAAGGCCGCAUUCUUAGAAUGGUGCUUUAGAAUGAAUGAAUUGGUGGAACAAGACCAGCUUCCUGAGGGUCCUUUUGUCUUGUUAGCAAUUGAGGCAUUUGCAGAACACUGUACAGACCCCGCUCUCCCCUGUACAUUCCUCCCUGGUGGCACCCGGUCCCCGCUCGGGGAUGGGAGUUUUGUAGACUGUACAGAAAUUGGCACCCUAUUUUCUUGCAGCUCUCAGAUUUUGUUAAUCUGGAUUAUACAGACAGACGUAAAGUGUUUUAGCAAAAUGGAAAACAAACAGUUGUGCCUUUUUCCUCUUUCUGUUUGGACUGGUCUCGGCUUGGGGCUAGUCUUAGUUACUGUGGGGUGUAGGGGCUGCUGGUGGGUCUGAUGCCUGGGUGGGCUCGUGUGGGAGCCAGGUUUGGUUGGGUGGGUACUUCCAGAUGUUGGGGUUUCUCUGAUCCUGUGCCUUUGGAACCUGCGGUCUUUGGGGUUGGGAGGUGUGGCAGGGCAUUGGGGUCACCUGGGCCAGGGCAGAGCUGAGGGAGCCUGCAGCCAUUUGUGUCUCCCUGGUGCCGACCCAGGGAAAGCUCAUUCUAGGGCCUGGGGUGGGGUCUGGCCCUUUGGACUUGCCAGCACCUGUCUGCCUGAGGAGGCUCUCUUCCUGCUGCACAGCCCAUGCGUGAAGGGAAAUUUGGUAGGCUCUUAACCAAGACUUGGUAGAGAUACCAGGAGUGGAUGGUGGGAUAGGUUCCAACUGUGCUAGAAUGGAGCCUCAUCAGGGCGGUGCAUGGCUUGGUUCUCAGAGGCCCAGGAGCAGAUGGGUGUGCCUGGGCUGGAAGCUGGGCGUGCUGGUAAUUGAGCCUGGCCCUGCCUGCUACAUCGUGCCAGCCAAAGCUCUGAGUGCUGUACAUGUGUGCACUGACAUGAGUUUUAUAUGUUUGUAGAGAUUCUGACAUUUCUUCUACCUCUGUGGAGGCCCUCCUCCCUGCUCCCUCCACCUGGUGGCCAUGUGUCUGGUACAGCUCUGAGCGCUGGCCAACACACUCUUCUUCAGGUCUCCAACCACCUGGGUGGCCAGCACCUGUACUUUGGGGCAUAGGGAGGCCCAGAGAAGGCCAGCCUUGGAGGGGCCUGGCCCUGUGCUCAGGGUCCUGGGCUUCCAGGAGUCCUAUUGUUUGCUUGGAAGCGUCUGUUUUUAGAGUGCAGAGGGUAGAAGGAAGUGGAGUAUUCUAGAAUGUCCUCAUUAGAUGAGCCUGCAGCUUAGACCUGGUGUCCUGCUGGCAGCUAGCAAUGCCCAGGCAUAUGUCUCUGGAAAUGCCUAGUCCCUGAAUGUGUGUGGCCAGGAGGCUAGCCUGCAUGCUCUGGGACUACAUGUGUUCCAGCCCCACGAAGGGCACAGGGUGUAGUGGUGUAGGGAGAACAAGCCCUGGUGGCCACAGCAGCCUCUCCCCCAGACCUGCUUCUCUCUGGCUCUGCCUUGGGGUGGGCAACAGCUGAGGGAUGGGCCAACCUGGCCAAGGAGAUAGAUGGCUAGUUCUGGGAGAGGGCUGUGGCUGGGAGGCCCUGUGGACAGCAGGCUGGAGGUCUUGGGGGCCUGGGCAGCCCCCAUCCUACCCUGGCACCCUUUCUCAGAGACAGAGACAGGAGAACAUAGGCCAGAGAGGGCAGAGUUGGGGACACCCCUGAGGUGAGCUUCAUGAAGCUCUUGGCCUGGUACCUGGAAAUCUUGGCCACAGGGGCCUUAUUUGCUGCUAGAAAGUAUGCUGCCCACCCUACCUGCUUCUGACAGCCCCAGGUGGCUUCACACUCACACCUUCCUGGAGCUGGCUUCCAGGGCUGUGCCUGUGACUAGAGGCCUGAGGACAGAGUUUCUGGGUCUUUCUUGCUGGUGCCUGGGACUUCGUAGGGGGCUGGGAAUGACUUCCCAGCUGGGUAAGAAGAGCUGUGCAGCACCCAGGAAGCUACCUUCCUGCCAGUGCCCAAGGAGCAGCCUGACAGUGCACCUGAAAUUACCGUGUCUCCGUCUGUGGUGAGCACUGCUGCUGGGUCCUCUUGUUACCUGCUGACUUUCCUGGUCAGUUCUGGCCUUGAACCAUGGUCCUGCCCUGGCUCUUGGCCAUACUUGGGGACUAGUGUAGGUGGGGUGUGGGGAAGGCUGCAUGUACUACCCUUCCGUGCUAGGUGGGGUGUGGGGAAGGCUGCAUGUACUACCCUUCCGUGCUGUUUUCACUGUGCUUCCAGCAGAGGUGGUGGCCAUGGAAGGUGGGCAGAGCUGGCCUGGGCCUGGGGGAGGACAAGCCUCAACUUACCAUUGUUGGAUGUGUUUUUUUUUAAACAGCAAUAAUUAGCCAUUUUAAGGGAAGGGGCAUACCUGCAUAUGUGUACAUGCCUGUCUGUAGUCUGUGUAUGUGCACAUGUGUGAGCAUGUGCAUAUGAGAGUAUGUGUGUGCAUGUGUGAGCAUCUGGGUGAGUACAUAUGUGAACAAACUUUCAGUGAAUGUGUAUGUAUCUGUGUGCAGGAACACAUGCUGUUUGUGAUCAUGUGAGCACGUGACUGUAUGUGCACAAGAAAUUACAUGUGUUGCAUAUGUAUGUGUGGGCAGCUUCCUAUUUGUAUGGGUGUGGGCUUGUGUGCACAGGUGUGCACGUGUGUUUGUAUGUGCACAUGUGCAGCAGUGGGAAGUCUGUGUUCUGGGAGACACAGGCCAGCUGAGCUGCCCCCCAUCUCUCCUCAUCUGAGGGCUGGGCAGGGGACCUGGAGGCCCCUUGGGCAGGACUUGGUAAGGGUGUGGGGGGCAUAACACCGUGGUAGGUCUCAGUGCUGUAGUUUGUUCCUGAAGCUGUACUGUGAGCCCUUGAUGGGGUGGGGGUGUCCCAAGACCCCAGGAUGUGCCAAAAUAGCCCCUAGGGCCAGGUGACAAGCCAAGUUUCCAAGAAGACAGGCUGGGGGCCCAAGUGGGUGUGCGCCUGUCUGAAUGGCCCCCAAUGCUGCUGUUUUUCAAUAAAACCAGAGUUGAAGGAA